AUGUCGGCUGCCACGAGAGAGGAAAGAAGAUGGAACCGUUUUAGUGACCAUAUGAACAGUCUCCAUCAGUGGUUUAAAGACGAAUAUAACACCCUAUACGAACUUGCAGAUGGUUCAUUCACGAAGCGAGGAUGGUCCCUUUCAUUAUAUCUUGAAUCCGCUAGACGUUUGAAUCAACAUCUUACUAUGCACCAUACGAUAGAGGAGCGACACGUCUUCCCAAUGCUCGCCAUCAAAAUGAAGGAGUUUGCGACCGACUCGGAGCACCUGAAAUCUCACAGGGGAAUACACGAGGGUUCGUUCCGAUUCGAUUUCUCUUUUCCCUGCCAAGAACUUCCGACUUUCGGGAACUCAAAAAUAUGGUUUCUUCCAGGCAUGGACAAAUUGCAGGAGUUGGUCAAAAAAUACAAGAAGGAACCCAGCACUUAUUCGCCCGAGGAGAUGCGUGCUUGUCUGGACAGUUUCAGGGACGUCCUUUUCAAUCACUUAGAUCAAGAGGUAGAUGACUUGAAAGCCGAAAACCUCAAGAAGCAUUGGUCAUUAGAGGAAUUAGAGGAAAUGAACAUGUAA